AUGAAGAUGGGGAAGAUAGACAAAGAAAACUGGACUGUGAUGUUUCAUAAGGGAUCAAAAGAAAGAGGUGAUUUUUCAGAAGUGUCUCACACUUCUCAACAUCAUGCCCAAGUUCUUCAAAACGACGAAGCGAACUCAACAGUGAAGAUCAAUUCAAAUUGUGGUUUUAUCCAACCUAGACACCGGCUACAGCCGAGUUGCACCGCUGCUUCUGCUCUAGAGACCGUGAAUGAAAUAGAGGAGUACAGGAAACAAUCGCUCCACCAAUUAUCUGGUUUUCCAACAUCAGCUUGCCGGCGCCUUACUUCUCCAGCGCCGUCCAUCUUCUUCCUCCGACCGCCGAUUCCACAAUUUAUUCCCUCAAAAAGCUUUGAAGAUCUUCUUCCUACAUUUGUCUAUAUUAAAAGCCCUAAUUUUUACUCUCAAGUGGUUCUUGAAGAUCAUCUUGUUAAAGAUUGA